GAGGGGAGGGGGGUAGAAAAAAGGCGAGGUUCUGUUGUCAAAUCUGUCAGUCUACCCAGUUUGGCCCCUCCCACUUCAGUGAAGGCAUUGCAUACUGCUGGUUCUUGUGCUCUUAGCAACGGUGCCUCAGCAACAGAGCUCCACAGCAACAGCGUGCAGUGUCUCCCCAAUGGAGCUGCCAUUGGGCGGACCGGCGCUCAGGCACUACACCCAGAGUAGACCAAGACCUCAUCGACAAAAGCUGAACUAUCGUCCCAACAGACUGCAGGAAACAAUAUUUGAGAGUGAAAAUGAAGUCCUUGAGCUCAUAGGACGGGUAGAUGAAGGAGUCGAAGAGUUCUUUACUAAGAGAGUACUUCCUGCUGAUACACUGAAAGAAACAGUUGAGGAAUCCAUUGCAGUGCAGGAAGUGGCCCCUGCUAGUGCCAUACCUUGUCCACCUCCAACAAAAACACUCAGGAAGAAGCUUGGCGAUUUCUUUACCCUUAAAAAGAGACGAGGGCUGAAAUCAGAGACGAGCCAUGAGGGGCGGCCCAAAAAGACUUCCAUUGCCGAUUUCAUUCGUCCUCUCAGGGAGGUCACCAGAGCUGAAAAAGAAAAGGAUAAGGAACGAGUAAAGGAGAACGACAAGGAAAAUGAAAAGGAGAAAGGAAAAGAUCUUCACGGUGGUGUUGCUCAAGAAUUAAAUCUACAGGAGAUGCCUGUUGCUGGUGCUGCUCUGCUGAGAAGUGAGACGGUGCCUCCCCGUCGUGCUCUCAGAGAGGGGAAAUCCCAGUCCCUCAUUUUGUUGUCUGGAUCAUCAGCAACGGGGAAUGCUAAUGCAAGGAACAUUGCAAAGAAACAGUAUGAUGGCCAACAUAGCUUCGAACAAAAACUCCAUAUCAUGCUUCAACGAAUUGGAGUUUCUAAAGCACAGCCUGAAGCACAGAAUCAGGAAGGAGAAAUGAAAAAAGCAGAAUCUGAAGGUACAAUCAUUGACAGUAAACCUGAGCCACCACCAACUUUCACAAAACCACGGACGAUGUCUGCCUCGUCAGAUAUCAGGCAUCCAAUUCGAACAAGUGUGUCAGCACACGAGUCUGCUGGAAAACCCGCUUUGCCUCCAAAACCACUUAUCAAGCCAGGCCCACCCCCUACCACAUCUGGUGGCAGCACACCUGAGAAUGAAGUUGCUCAAAUUCAGGAAGGCGAGGCAAAUAUGCCUCCCAAAUCUUCUUCACCUCCAACUCUGUCUGCACCAGCUCCUUCUCCCGUCAGUGCUUCACUCAGUGAUACUGAACUGACAGUCUCAAACUUAACCACCAACUCAGCUGAAUUUACAGUUUCCCCUUCAAGUACUGUAGCACCCAUGGAUACAGAUAUAUGCAUGGACUCUUUUAAUCCUUCUACAGCAGCUACGCCACACAUGAAUGUUACAAAGCUUAACGACAAACCUUACGCCCCCGAAGAUAGUGGUGUUACUAAUGUUCUGCCCAGCUGUACUUUCCCAAAAACUCUUCCAACUUCCACUACACCCACAACGUCACCCAGUUGUGUCUCAGUUACUGACACUUCCUCUGAUUUAAAUAAGCCAAGCAUCUCUGUCACGUCCAGCUCCACAACAAUAACCUCACCUUCCAUUACCACCCAAGAAUCUGUUUCUACAACAGAAACAAAUGGCUUAAUUCAGUCCUGUUUGCCAGAGCCAAAUGAUACUGUGUCAGUUGAUACUACUGAUAGUAGUGAUGUCACUAUUUCUCUCACUGCCACGGCAGGCACAGCUUCCUCAGCCACCACCAGCAUAUCAAACAAGCUGUCAGGCUCCUCUGGCACCACCAGUUCAGUUACGUUAGUGAGCGAUAAUUCCAGUUCAGUCUCUGUCACCUCUGGUAACUCUGCAACUAUAACUUCAUCAGCCACUAAUGCAUCAUCCCCACCUCUUAAAUCAAAUGAUACUGAUGAUACCACAGCAAGUGCAGUUUUACCUGAUGGCCCUGUUACUACUUCAUACAGCUUCCCCACACUUGCUGCCUUUCUUCCCAAUAGCGCCUCCUCUUCCACUGCCAAUCGAGCAUCCACUGUGUACAUGACGUCUGUCUCUACCUCUAUCCUUGUUCAUCCACAGAGUUCUGUCGAUAUCGUUGUCCCGUCCAUGUCUUCCAGUGAAAUACAUCAGGCAGAAACUGCUUCCACCACCACAAGUUCAACAACCACAACUGCCAUUAGCCAAAUGCUUGCAGCUGAGCCCGACCAACACACCCUGAACAAUUUCAGUACCAAUGUCACUCUGAUGAUCUCUGAGCUCCCCACUGGUGAUAGCAGAAAUUACUUGAUUGAGGGUACUAAAGAUGAGUUCCAGGCAUCUCCUGAAAUAAUAUCUAAUCUAGAGCCUGCAGUAAACUGUGAAGCAGAUGGGGAGAUUGAUGGGGUUCAAAAUAUCAAGCACACUGAGAAUGAAGAGAGCAGAUGUGACACUGAUAGUGAGAAAGAGGUCAAGAUUGAAAAUGAAGAGUCAACAUUGAUCAACAGUGAAGUGGAAAUGAAAGUAGUACCUGAAGAAUGUAAGAAAUCUGAUGAAGAUGCAAAGGAAGCAGGAAUGGAUGAAGCUGCUUCUGGUACAGUGUUACAGGAUCAAAAUCAAGAAGAAAGGAAGUUAGGAGGAACAGAGUAAGUCCAAAAUACAGAAAUGACAAACAAGGGACCAACUACUGUUGACAGGGCAGGAGAGAGCACAGUAGCUAAAGGGUGAAGGUGACGAUUCAUGGCACUUACAGGGACCACUACUGCAGCACAUCACAAAGGUGGGCCACUGGACCAAAGACUGAGAUCCCCGUGAUGUGAUAUAAUCAACAAAUCCAGCAGUGUCUUUGUCCUUUUUUAAAUUUUAGUUUGAAUUUUGCAUUGCAUGUAUAAUUAUGUACCAUAAGAUGACUAUUGUGGUAAAAUGCACCAUGUUUACAAUAGAUGGAUAAAUGACAUAGCUAUGACUAUUAAAUGGAAUAUUAAAUUGA